AUGACGACCGAAAUAAAGAAGAAAUUUGAUAUUAAUAAGACAUGUAAUAAAGCUAUAAUCCAUAAGUCUUGGGAAAAGUUGUUAAUGGAAAUGUUGGAAGUACAUAAGGAUCCCAUCUUCAAAAAAUACCAGGUUUUUUUAAACAUCAAAAUAAAUCAUUCAGGUGCUGUCUCUGUUGGAGCCAACGAAAGCAUAACACUUGCUGAAUUCUCCACCUCGGCCAUCAGUGACACCCUGGCCCCCUCAAGUGCAAAAGAAAUGACUAUUCCUGCAAAGAAAACUAAGAUGUCACAUUUACCAGAAACUGAAGAAACCCAAAAAUUAUCAACUGCUGAGUUGCAGCGAUUAGUUCUAUUAGAGCAGUUGAAGUUAUGUCAAAUGCAACAAGAAGAAAUCAUUAAGAGACAGAAGCAAGGAAUUUAUUCCGGAUUUUAUACUGUAGGACAGGAAAUCUUGCUUUUAAUUGCCCAAAGCAUCGUUCAAUUAUCACUCGUUCUCGACAAAAAACGUUAUUAUAAUUUUGCUGUUCUGGGGUUGUUGGAUUUCUUCAGGGAGUCAUAA